UGCUGUGUUGUAUUUCCUAAGUGCGAAGCCUUGGUGAAGGCUGGUGGAGCACAGAGAAAUGCAGGCCAAAAUGCAGACUCUUGUCAGAUGCAAUGGGAGGAUUUUCCUGGCUGUUUGUAUAAUCCUCUUCAUGGGAUACACAGCACAAGGUGUUCCGGUGCAGAAAGCAAGGUACAAGAGAGUAAGAUGUAGACCUAACGCCUGGAUGUCUAACUGCAUUGAAGAAAAAGGACCACUGUUUGAAAUGCCUGAAGCUGGAUCCAACAGAAUCCUCCCUCCUAUGGCUGAUUCAUUUCUGAUGAAGACAUUUCAGGAGCAGCGUGAAAUUUUUCCACUUUCUGAAGAGGCAUCUGGAUCUGGGAUGGAAGACACAUUUGAAACAGAACCAGAAUCUGGGUCAGGAAUGGAUUACAAUGUAGAGUAUUCUAACAUGAUACUUCCUGACUUAGUGCUUCGCCAACAAAAAUCAGAGCUGAAGGAGAAACUAACAGAAGAGGAUUUAAUUCUGUAAGAGAGAAUUUUACCUCUGCCAUGAGGAUGAUUAUUUCCCACACUUCUCUGUUGUAUAACUAAGUGUGAUUGCUCUCAGGAAAAAAGCAAAUUUAUAAAAAUUAUAAACAAUUAAAAUGUGCCUUAUCUUUAUUACUUUUCUUUAUCAAGACUAUGUGAGCUUAUUCUGUGUUUUCUGUAAGUAAAAUAGCCAGGAAAAUACUGAGAAAUUGGAAUUUAAAAUAGCCUUCAUAAUAUCACUGAUACAGAUGUUAAUAUAGACAAAAAAGAUUGUAACAAUAUAUAUUUAAUAGGAGUAACUGUCCUACAGAUUAAUGUAACUUUAAAGUUAACUGUCUAGUUUCCUUUUAUCUGGUUUUCCUGGAUAAUUUUCUCAAUAAAAUAAUUUUGCAAAAAUGCUUACUUAUACUUUAUCUUAACAAAUAUAUUCCAUAUUAUUUUAACGCAAUUUUCAGUUUAAUAAUUGGUCUUUUUUAUAAUGCCUAUUAUACCUCAUUACAGUAUAUACUAAUAUUUUGGGUGUAACAUGAUUAUAUGAGACAUGACCUUGCAGAUCCAAGAACCACAGACCCCCUACAUUCAUUCUGUGAGACCUUUAAUAUUAGAGAUGUUAAAGAGCAACUUAACUUGUUAUAUUUUAAAUUGUUGGAUAGAUGGUUGCAUCUACUAAGUUCCAAAUCUAUUAACAUCUAAAUAUAACCAAGUGUUGGUUUGAUCUACACUUUUUGCAUACUGGGAUAAAAUCUAAAAAAUGUGUGGGGAAAUUGGUAAUAAACAUUUUUUUUUCCUGUAACCUUAA